GUUCAUGGCAUGGGGAAGGCCCCGGGGGGUAACCGGGAGCGAUCUGAGUCCGGACACUGUCGGAAGGGUCAAAUCCUCACAACAGACGUAAACCAGGGAAAUCAGGGCAGUUCCCACAAAGUUUCCGUUUAGCCGUUUUUUUUCUCUCUCUUUUCGCUUGCCUUAAAUGCUUUGAGGGGAGCUCCAUAAAUGCUGCUUCCCCACACCACUAUGUCAAACAAUUCAAGUAACUUCCUGCUGAUUCCCAUUCCGGAGGUCCCGGUGGUCGACUGUCUGCAUAACAGAAAUGUGAAGAUCACGGUGCUGGGAGCAAGGAGCGUUGGAAAGACCGCUUUGAUUGUACGUUUUCUCACAAAACGAUUCAUUGGUGAUUAUGAGCCAAACACAGGAGCUUUGUACACUAGACAGAUGAAUAUCGACGGGGAUCAAAUUACACUGCAAGUUCAAGACACUCCCUUUGUUACUCAGGGAGAUGGAGACGAUCCUCGGAAUCAAGAUUUUAUAACUCGAUCCCUUCACUGGGCAGAUGGUUUUGUUUUUGUCUUUUCGCUUACAGACACAGACAGCUGGAAAGCUCUCCGUCCACUCCAUCAGCAAAUCAGGAAAAUCUAUCCCAACGUCCGUCUUCCAUUUGUGUUGAUAGGAAACAAAGCUGAUUUACCUCAUGCACGGCAAGUGGAAACCACUGAAGGGAUCCAGUUGGCAAAUGAGAUAGGGGGAACUUAUUUUGAAGUUUCUGCCAGGGAAAAUUGUAAUGAGGUCUACGAUGCUUUCCAUCAAGUCUGCCAAGAAAUUAAUAAAGUGAUUGGAAGCAGCAAUGGAGAGAAGAGAAGAGGUCUGCUUUUAGCUAGGCCUAAAUCACCAAACAUGCAAGAUUUUGGAAGGCGCUUAAAACAAGCUCUAUCAUCUAAAGUAAAAUCUACUAGUGCUGUUUAACAUCACUUUUUUGCGCAGGUUCCAAGCUUCAAGUCCAUUAUAUUUCCAGUUUACUUUAGGGAUGAAUGGGUGUUGUGUUUGGAAGACCCCAGUUACGUGUCUACCCCAAGAUGUUCCAAAGAUUAACAAAUACAAAUU